AUGGAACUACCUUAUGUUGAUGUCAUGUCUAUGCUGAGAGAGUUAUCGAAGCCGCUUUGGGAAAUUGACUUCCCAAGCUUGCCCAACGUGUGGGGAAUAAGCGCACCUUGGCUGCUCAGCCACGGAUACAGGCUUUACCCUACAUGGCCGGAAGGCCGAUAUGAGUCAACCAUCUGCAACUCUGACCACCCCGCUCCGCGAGAUCUCCCGCAUCCAUAUGCGUAUUCAGCAUACUUUCCCGGUCCAUGCAAUGAUGUCUCUAUGUCGCAAAAUGUAAUUGGCGCUCAGGACGAGCAAUGGCGAGAUGUGGUCAUCAAGGUCGUGGCCAAGGGUUCCCAGGAACUUACCAUUUUCAAAAUUCUAGCAGAAACGCCUGAAUUAUUCGACUCGAGAACAUUUCCAUGCGUCAUUCCGGUCUUAGAAAUUCUCGAUACUCCCUACGACUAUAAGUUUGUUGUCUUGCCACGGUAG